AUGCCAUCCAGACUAAGGAAGACCUGGAAACUUAGGGGCCACGUGAGCCGGGGCCACGUGAGCCACCGCCAGGGCCGCACCGGCAAACACCGGAAGCACCCGGGAGGCCUUGGUAAUGCUGGUGGCAUGCAUCACCACAGGAUACACUUCGACAAAUAUCACCCAGGAUACUUUGGGAAAGUUGGUGUGAGGCAUUACCACUUAAAGGGGGACCAAAGCUUCUGCCCAACUGUCAACCUUGAUAAAUUGUGGACCUUGGUCAGUAAGCAGCCAUGGGUAAAUGCUGCCAAGAAUAAGACUGGAGCUGCUCCUAUCAUUGAUGUGGUGCGAUCGGGUUACUACAAAGUUCUGCGGAAGGGAAAGCUCCCAAAGCAGCCUGUCAUUGUGAAGGCCAAAUUCUUUAGAGAAGAGCUACAGAGAAGAUUAAGGGUGUAG